UUUUGGAGAAACCCUCGCAUGACAUUACACUCUGUAGUAGACGUUCCCAUAGGCUAAUAUGCUGACUGACAAGGAUGUUCAGGUGAUAAAGUUGUAGGCUACACUGAUACCUCUGUUCCAAUACUGGACUAGCCUAUAGCGAACGAACGAAUCUUGAAACGCAGAUGGCCAUGUCCUGUCAGUGGAAGCUGAGUACUCCACCUAGACCACGUCAAACAACCGGGAGUGUGUUGGACAACUUGCGAUGUGUUGGACAGUCCGCUAUCCAUCAAGAGGGAGACACGAUAAGGAACGUGUCUGAGGCGGCGAGCAAGGAUACAAGGAAAACGGACAAGGACAGUCAAAGUCUGCCCAGUGCUCUGUAUUUGAGAUCAUUCAAGAACAGUGAGAUAUUUCUGCUGUCCAUUGAUACAAGGUGUAUAGAACCAAGACAAGUCAUGCCACACAUCAGAAGCUCUUGCCUGUCCCGAUGUUCUACAGCACACUGGGCUUCAUAUAGUUCAAGUGAUUUCCAGGUGCUGUCUACUGCAUCACAGGGCUCUUGUGGAACCAGGACCAAGAUCAGAUCACAAACUAAGAGAGAGGGUGUGGACUACAGACAACGAGAAAUGCAGAGAAAAUCUACAAGUAGGAUUGGAAGAAAUAGCUUGAAGCCAGUGACUCCGCUUCUCUUUCAAAAGCCCUGCAUUUCUCAGUGUGCUGGUAUUACUCCAGUCUCAGAGCAGGGUGAAGAGAAUACAGUGAAAUGCCAUGAGGUGAAGAUGAAGACCCCACUGUUCAGGCAGCACUAUGAGGUCAUGUUUCAAGAUGCACCAUGGAGACCUCUGAGAAGUUCAAACAAGAGGCCUCUGACUGUCUCAAGCUGUGGCACCUCCAAGUUGAGCGGUGGGCCCCUGGCCACUGUACCUUCCAACACCUGUUUGGAGGCUCCAUGCUGCACACCCAACAUGCCAAAGCUGGUGCUCCAGCUGGAGGGCCUGCAGCUGCACGGAGUGUGGCUCAACUCCAGAGACACGACUCAGGGCACGCGCACGUCUGGAGCAGCAACAAAGGACCUUCAGCUGGUGGCUUUAGAGAGGGCCAAUGAAACAGCCUAUAAUGGUAAGUUGGAGUGUGAGCGCGCUUGGGACGCAGCAUCAUCAGACCCGAUCAGUCCGAACGAGUCUGUGGGAAGCACUAGAUGGGACCCAGGGCAGUUGAAAGUGACUGUGACUAAGAAGCAGAGAGAGAAGAAGCAGAGCUGGACCUAAUCUCCUCAAUGCAUUUACUUUUGGUGUAUACAAAUAAAUCUUUUUAUCAAACACA